AUGCACCGGCUUAUGGGAAAGUUCGGCGAUGCCGUUCGGCUGUCCGCUAGACAAUGGAGUGUGAGCGGCGAGAUCCAGCGGAAGCGCCGGCGGAGGAGAGUGGAGGCCAAGGGACAGUUGGCACGUGCGCGGGCAGGUGGCUACCUACCGGGGCAGAGUAUCAAGAUGUCGCGGUCGAACUACACACAGGUGCCGGUGCCCUUUGCGCACACCCCCAUCUCCCACGGCGCACAUCCUUUGUCCCCGGUCGAGAGACGCGAACUACCAUCCGUGCGCCUCACUUUAAAGGAUAUAAGGAUAUCCUUAAUACCACAU